AUGGCUUCGUCGAAGCUUCUCGCCCUCGGGAUCGUCCUGCUCCUUGUCGUCAACCUGGCGGCCUUCGCCGUCGCCGACGACGACGACCGGCCGAAGCGUGAGAGGGAGCGCGAGCGCAAGCGGGACGGCACGGGCAACCGCGACCAGGAUCGCGACCGCGACCGCGACCGCGAUCGCGACCGCGACGGCUCCUGCAGCAAGUCCGGCGGCUGCACCGGCAGCGGCGCCGGCGGACGACAGAAUGCUGGUGCCGGCCGGCAGGGCGGCGGCGGCGCAGGCGGAAGCGGCGCAGGCGGGCCCGGAGGCGGAGCGGGGCGAACGGGGAGCGGCGCUGGCGCGGGUGCGGGUCGUGGCGGGCGGCUGGGCGGCAGCAACAGCGCUGGGAAGGUGCGGCAGGGCAAGAAGGGCAGCGGAAACUGCAGCGGCGGGUCUGGCUCGUGCAACGGUGGUGGCGGAGGGUCGGGGAGAAACGCGGCGGCGGCGAGCAUUCAGAGCGCGGGGUACGUGGUGGCGGAUAACCGGGAGAGGGAUCGCAAGAGGGACGGCUCUGGCGACCAGGACCGCGACCGCGACCGCAAGAGUGACGGCUCCGGCUCCGGCUCCUCUGGUUCCUCCUCCUGCUCCCGAUCUGGCGGCUGUAAUGGCAGCGGCAGCGGUGCUGGUCGGGCCGGUUCGGGGCAGCAGCAGGGCCGCGGACGUGGCACAGGCGCAGGCGGAGCAGGCGGGAUGAGCGGAGGAGGCGGGCGGCAGGGAGCGGCAGGACGCACGGGCGCAGGUGCAGGGAAGGGGGCUGGCGGGGGGGUGAGGGGGAGUGGUGGGGGAGUCUACAAUACAACAUUUCUUGCGUCGAAUGAAACUGAAUCAACAAUUUCAUACGAAUCAGCUACUCAUCCCUCAGCGACUUUUUUGUUCGGGCCGUACAAACCUAUUGUAGCAGACGAUAUCCCGUUAGACAAGCUUGCGGCGUCUGCCUUUCGACCAAUCAGACUAAAAGAUCUCGUAGAUCCGAACGAAGUUGCGCCGUUCAACUCCGCGAUGAAGCUUCUGAAGAGAAGCUUCGAGAAAGACGGCCCAGGGGUGGCUAAGAUCGUACCCGAGGUGGAGGAGGACCUAUGGCAUGCGUACAACCUCAUUGCUCCGCACGACCAUGUGCAGAGCACCACCUUCAGGAAGGUGCAGAAGGAGACGGGAGGGGGAGGCAGUGAGUCGGAGCGGAUCAAGCUGCGGCUGGAAGUGGCCGUGGAGGAAGUGGAUUUCGACGCAUCGGCACACGUCAUUCGAGUCCGCGGGAAGAACGUGACUGAGAACGAGCACGUGAAGCUGGGGUCCUACCACACACUGGAGCUGGACCUGCAACGCGCCUUCACGCUCACAAAGGACGUGUGGGACUCUGUGGCUAUAGACCGGCUCAAGGAAGCAUGUGACCCCUCGGCCAAUGCGGACCUAGCAGUGGUGGUGAUGCAGGAGGGGCUGGCGAACAUUUGUCUUAUUGGGGGGAGUGUGACUACAGUGAAGGCGCGCGUAGAGACGGCAAUCCAGAGAAAACGAGGGCCGUCCAUUGCGGGAUAUGAUAAGGCAAUCAAUAAAUUCUUUGAGAAUGUCUUUCAGGCUGUGCAACGGCACAUUGACUUCAACAUUAUCCGCUGUCUGCUUAUAGCGAGUCCUGGAUUCACCAAGGACCAGUUCUUUGAGUAUAUGAUGCUGGAAGCAACGCGGCAGAACAUCCGAGCCAUCAUUGAGAACAAGGCCAAGAUCGUGCUUGCGCAUUCCACGUCGGGAUACAAGCAUGCAGUGAAAGAGGUGCUGGCGCUGCCUGCUAUCAUGACUCAAAUCAAAGACACCAAGGCAGCCAAGGAGGUUAAAGCACUCGAGGACUUCUAUGCCAUGCUUUCAAAUGACUCCGCACGGGCAUUUUAUGGACCAGGGCAUGUGGAGGCAGCAAAUGAACGGCUUGCCAUUCAUACGCUCCUCAUUUCAGAUGACUUGUUCCGCAAUGCGGACGUGAAGACUAGAAGACGCUACGUGGAUCUGGUGGAAUCAGUGAGAGCGAAUGGCGGGCAAGUGCACGUCUUCUCCUCCCUGCACGUCUCUGGCGAACAGCUGGUGAAUCUUGCUGGGAUCGCUGCAAUUCUUCGCUUCCCGCUGCCAGAAUUGGAAGACAUGGAACUAUAG